UUCGUUGCGCGUGGAGACUUACACCGGAUGUUACGUCUUCGGAACGCGACGCAACCGGAUAUUCCUGUGUAUCGAAAGGAAAUUAAGAAACGCUGCAUAAUGAACAGCCGAGGACUCCGCUCUCAGCUAAAAGACAGCGUACCUGUGGCUGGACUGUGUCCACAGGGCGCUUAUGGAGUGCAGGACUCUCUCCGAAGCGGCUUUACCUGUGUAAAGAAUGAGCUUCUUCCAAGCCACCCACUGGAGCUGUCAGAAAAAAAUUUCCAGCUUAACCAGGACAAGAUGAAUUUCUCAACACUCAGAAACAUCCAAGGUCUUCAUGCUCCUCUCAAACUACAAAUGGAGUACAGAGCUGCCAGACAGAUCCAGCGCCUACCGUUCUUACCCAGUUCCAACUUGGCACUGGACACGCUGCGAGGCAGUGACGAGUCCAUCGGCUUUGAGGACAUCCUCAGUGAUCCAGCCCAGAGUGAAAUGAUGGGUGAGCCCCACAUGAUGGUGGAAUACAAACUGGGAUUGUUGUGAAAGAUGCUGAAGUUAAAAACCACUUAAAUCCACACAAAUAUUUAGGUUACAGUUCUUGAUUAUCCAUUCCAAAACAGAAGUUAGCAACUUAGUAACCAGAGACUGUUAGUCAGUAAUGUUUUCUGCAGGAAGAUGUGUGUGUGUGUGUGUGUGGUGAUACACAGACGCUGAGUGUUGCUGCAGUCACUCAAACAGGCCUCUAUGGAUGCUUUUGUGUUAUUGAAUAUGGUUAUUUCUAUUAAAUAAACCCUUAUCUUGUGGA